GCUUUUUAUUGCGAUCGGACCUACGACACCAUGCCGUCACCACAACAUUUUUCGGCCCCAAUUAUCCACCUCAUCUACGACUCUGUACACGUACGUGGUCGGCCUUCGCCAAUUUGCCAAGGCACCUCACAUUCACUACGUCUUGUAACACAAUAGGGAAGAAAUCCCAUCUUUCAUACUUUUUAACCUUUUUAUUCCAUGUACUUCUUCGGAUCCAUGGUUUUCACUUUGAGUAUGUAUACAUAAGGUAA